AUGGCAGUCAACUUCACCGAUCUGAAUGGUUUAAUAGGCUUCCCGACUCUAUGUUUGCCUCCUUUCCACUCGCCGCCAAUGCCAAGCCGCGUUGGUGUACCAGUAGGUCUUUUCUCCACGACUCUGAGCCAAAAAUAUCCUGUCAUUUUCUGUGUAGGUUCAGGUUGUGAGGCGGGGUCUUUCCGCUGUGGGACAGGCCGUUGUAUUCCAGCAAGCCAGAGGUGCGAUGGAACAACCGACUGUUCGGAUAACUCAGACGAAAUUGGCUGCCCCCAGCCCACCUGCGAGAGUGCUCAGUUCCAGUGCUUGAGUGACGGCGAGUGCAUUCCGCAGCACUGGGUCUGUGAUGAUGAAGAGGAUUGUGAGGAUGGCUCCGAUGAAAGGCAGCACUGCCCUGGCAGGACGUGCUCCAGUUCACAGUUCACCUGUACGAAUGGGGCCUGCAUCCCGGGAGGAUACAGGUGCGACCGUGUACCUGACUGUCUAGACGGCGCAGAUGAGAGAAACUGCUUCUACCCAGAGUGCUCGGAGCUGAGGUGUGCUAACGGGGCAUGUUAUAACAGAAGCCAGCGCUGUGACCAGGUGCUCAACUGCCGAGACGGCUCAGACGAGGCCAAUUGCACCCAGCGGUGCAGCAGCGGUCAGUUUCAGUGCAAUAAUGGAGAAUGUAUUCCUCGCGGAUACGUCUGCGAUCAUGACGAUGAUUGUGGAGACAGAAGUGAUGAACAGAACUGCACCUACCCAACCUGCAGAGGAACGUACUUCACCUGUCCCAGCGGCCGCUGCAUUCAUCAGGUCUGGCUGUGUGAUGGAGAGGAUGACUGCGAGGGCAAUGCGGAUGAGAGAGGCUGUGAUAAUGUCCAGCGUGAGUGUUAUCCCGGGGAAUGGCCGUGUCCUUCUUCUGGUGUUUGCAUCCCUCUGGAGCAUAUCUGUGACGGGACGGCACACUGUCUGGAUGGAGAAGAUGAAACCAACACCACUGCUGGACGCAACUGCAGUAUCUGGCGCUGUGCAUCUCUGAGCUGUGAGCAUCACUGUCGCUCCUCUCCUGACGGAGGAACCUGUGCCUGUCCGUCGGGAUACGUGGUCAGCAGAAACGACAGCCGCUCAUGCAUUGAUUACGAUGACUGUAGUCUGUGGGGCAUGUGUGACCAGCUGUGUGCGGAUCGGAUCGGAAGCCAUCGCUGCAGCUGUCGGGACGGUUACCUUCUGGAGCAGCACAAAUACUGCCGCGCAAAUCCCUCAUCUGGGGUGCCUUCGCUUAUAUUCUCCAACGGGAGAGACUUGCUGAUCGCUGAUGUCCAUGGACACAACGUUCAAACCCUGGUGGAGUCCCAGAACAGAGGAGUCGCUGUUGGUGUGGACUUCCAUUACCAGCUGCACAGAGUCUUUUGGACCGACACAAUCCAAAAUAAGGUGUUUUCCGUGGAUACGGACGGGUCGCGUUUGCAGGUGGUGCUGAACGUAUCCGUGGACUAUCCUGAAAACCUGGCCGUGGACUGGGUGAAUAACAAGCUGUAUGUGGUGGAGGCCAGCGUCAACAGAAUCGACAUGGUGGACUUGGACGGGAGCAACCGGGUCACGCUGAUCGCCGAGCACCUGGGCAACCCGAGAGGUCUCGCGCUUGACCCGACCGUGGGGUACCUUUUCUUCUCUGACUGGGAUACUUUGAAUGGGGAACCGGGUUUGGAGAGGGCCUACAUGGAUGGGACCAAUCGCUACGGGAUCAUCAGGACCAAACUCGGCUGGCCUGCUGGGAUUACUUUGGACCUUGAGGCUAAAAGAGUGUAUUGGGUGGACAGCCGUUACGAUUAUAUUGAAACCACCACUUAUGAUGGCUUGCACAGGAAAACUGUGGUCCAUGGCGGGUCUGUGAUUCCUCAUCCGUUUGGCAUUACUCUGUUUGAGCAUUCGGUCUACUACACUGACUGGACCAAGAUGGCCGUUAUGAAAGCUAAUAAAUACAACGACAACAGCCCACAAGAGCUCUACAGGACCUCUCAGAGACCACAUGGCCUGACUGUGGUCCAUGCAUACAGACAGCCCUUUGCAAGUAACCCCUGUGGCACCGAUCGAGGAGGCUGUGAACACAUCUGUGUUCUGAGUCACAGAACUGAUAACGGUGGUCUGGGAUAUCGCUGCCGCUGCCGGAUGGGUUUCGAUCUGCAUGCUGACGGCAAGAGAUGCGCGUCUGUGAGGCAGUUUCUGCUGUUCUCCAGUCAGCUGGCGGUCAGAGGAAUCCCCUUCAACCUGUCCACGCAGGAAGACAUCAUUCUCCCCAUCACAGGAACUCCAUCUUAUUUCGUUGGAGUGGACUUCAGUGCUGCGGACAAUUCAAUUUUCUUCUCUGAUACAGGGAAGGACAUAAUCUACAAACAGAAAAUUGAUGGAACCGGCAGGGAGGUUCUAGCAGCCAAUCGGGUGGAUGGUGUGGAAGAUCUUGCUUAUGAUUGGAUAUCGAAGAACCUGUACUGGACGGAUCCACGCUACAGGAGUAUAUCUGUCAUGAAGGUCGCGGAUAAGUCCAGACGAACCAUUGUACGAAACCUCAACAACCCCAGAUCCAUAGUGGUCCAUCCAGUGGCUGGUUAUAUUUUCUGGACUGACUGGUACCGUCCUGCGAAGAUUAUGCGGGCCUGGGGUGAUGGGUCACAUGCUCAGUCGAUUGUAAACACCACUCUUGGCUGGCCGAAUGGCUUGUCCAUUGACUGGAGUGCCAUGCGGCUGUAUUGGGUGGACGCUUUCUUUGAUAAGAUCGAGCACAGCAACUUUGACGGACAGAACAGGUUGUCUUUGGAUCGCAUCACUCAGAUCUCCCAUCCGUUUGGACUUACUGUCUUUGGAGGUUAUGUGUACUUCACCGACUGGAGGCUGGGUGGAAUCGUGAGGGUCCGUAAAACAGACGGAGGGGAGAUGAUGAUCAUACGCCGAGGGAUCAGCCACAUCAUGCAUGUCAAAUCCUUCAACGCUGACUCGCAGAUUGGAUCUAACUUCUGCAACAGGCAAACAAACCCAAAUGGAGACUGCAGUCAUUUCUGUUUCCCAGCGCCGUACUCCCAGCGAGUGUGUGGCUGUCCAUACGGAAUGAAGCUGGAAGCGAAUCAGCAGACGUGUGUGGACGAUCCAUCCAAUGAGCCGCCGACCCUCCAGUGUGGCUCUAACUCCUUCUCGUGCACUAACGGGAAGUGUGUCCCCCAGAGCUACCAAUGUGACGGCGUCGAUGACUGCCAUGACAACAGCGACGAGGCCAACUGCGGUGCUAAUAAUAACACAUGCUCGCCCAUUGCCUUCACCUGUGCCAAUCAGCGCUGUGUGCCCAGAAGCUGGCACUGCGACGGACACAAUGACUGUUUUGAUGGCAGUGAUGAGAGGGACUGUCCCACCCAGACCCCUGGCACUUGCCAGGCCGACCAGUUCAGCUGUGCCAACCAUCACUGCAUCCCCCGCACAUGGCUCUGUGACACCGACAAUGACUGCGGAGACGGAUCCGAUGAGAACAACUGCGAUUCGAUUGGCACAUGCCACCCUGGUCAGUUCCAGUGUCCGGAUCACCGCUGCAUUGACCCCAAUUAUGUGUGUGAUGGAGACAGAGAUUGUGCAGAUGGAGCGGAUGAACAGGGCUGUGUGUACAACUGCACAGCGUAUGAGUUUAAGUGUGCAAACGGCCAUCAGUGUGUAAAUUCCUACUACCGAUGUGACGGGGUGUUUGACUGUAACGAUCGUUCGGAUGAAUCUGGCUGUCCCACGAGGCAGCCUGGCAUGUGUCACCACGAGAGUGAGUUUCAGUGCCAGUCAGACGGCAGUUGUGUUCCCUCAAACUGGGAAUGUGAUGGGCACCCAGACUGUGAAGAUGGCUCAGACGAACACCACGCGUGCCCACCGCGCACGUGCCCCACCUUGCAGUUCCGCUGUGAUAAUGGGAACUGUGUUUUCCAUGGCUGGAUAUGUGACGGUGAUAACGACUGUCGGGAUGGCAGCGAUGAGCGAGACUGUCCCACGCCGCCGUUCCGCUGUCCCAGCUGGCAGUGGCAGUGCCCUGGACACAGUGUGUGUGUUAACCUCAGCAGGGUGUGCGACAACACGCCAGACUGUCCCAACGGUGCCGAUGAAUCCCCUCUCUGCAAUGAGCCUUUACCAGAUCAGGAGAGCUGCUCGGAUAACAAUGCGGGCUGCACUCACGGCUGCAUCCAAGGCCCGUUUGGAGCCCAGUGCACGUGUCCUAUGGGCUUCCAGCUGAGUAACGACUCGAAGACGUGCGAGGAUAUCGAUGAGUGCCAUCCUCCGGGCGUCUGCAGUCAGCACUGCUUCAACGAGAGAGGCUCCUUCCGCUGCCAUUGUCAGGACGGAUACACUCUAGAGGCAGACGGACGCACCUGCAAGGCCUCAGGAUCUCGAGAGGCCUUGCUCUUAGUGUCCAGUCGGAAUCAGAUUGUAUCAGACGACAUCCUCGCACAGCCAAACGUUAUUCGGUCUCUAGUGCGUGAUGGGCGUAAUAUUGUGGCAGUGGAUUUUGACUCCGUUACGGAUCGUAUUUACUGGUCUGACACCACCCAGGACAGAAUAUGGAGCGCUCACAAAAAUGGGACUGACCGCACCGUGGUGAGUGACAUGAGGGGGGGUGUUCUUCUCAAUGAAAAGGUACUGCAACAUCCCCACGCAAUUACCAUUUUUGAGGAUUUUGUCUAUUGGACCGACAGAUACGUCAACCGCGUGAUCCGGGCCAACAAGUGGCACGGACAGAACCAGACAGUGAUGCUGUAUAAUCUGCCCCAGCCCAUGGGUCUGGUGGCUGUUCAUCCUGCCCGACAGCCUGCAGGUUAUAACCCCUGUGACCCCCGUUCGACCCCCUGCACUCACAUUUGUCUCCUGUCAGCGAUCGGCCCCAGGUUCUACUCCUGUGCCUGUCCGUCCGGAUGGACUCUCACCGCUGACCAGUUCACUUGCGCUAGAGUUGAGGAUCCAUUCCUGGUGGUGGUGAGAGACAGCAUCAUUUACGGCAUCCCGCUCAACCCGAAUGACAAGAGCAAUGACGCAAUGGUGCCGGUCGCCGGGCUGCUGAAUGGAUAUGACGUCGACUUUGAUGAUGCUGAGCAGAUGAUCUAUUGGGUGGAACAUCCGGGGGAGAUUCAUCGAGUAAAGUCAGAUGGUACCAACAGAACUGAGUUCGCGCCAGCAGCCAUCCUGGGUUCUCCAGUCGGACUAGCUCUGGACUGGAUGUCUCGGAACCUGUACUACUCCAACCCUGCAUCGCAGUCUAUAGAGGUUCUCAGGCUAAAAGGAGAGAUUCAAUACAGAAAGACUCUCAUCACUAACAACGGCUCACCUACUGGUGCAGGAGCUCCCGUUGGCAUUGCGGUGGAUCCGGCACGUGGAAAGAUGUACUGGACAGAUCAGGGAACAGAGAGCGGGAUCCCGGCCAAGGUGGCAUCAGCAGAUAUGGACGGCUCCAAUGCAGCCAUCCUCUUCACCCAUAAUCUGGAACAUGUGGAGUUCAUAACCAUAGACAUCAGAGAGAACAAGCUCUACUGGGCCGUUACAGGAACUGGCGUGAUCGAGCGCGGUGAUCCCGAUGGAUCAAACCGCAUCACUAUGGUGAAUGGACUGUCCCAUCCGUGGGGUGUGGCCGUAUACGACUCCUACCUGUACUUCACAGAUCGAGACUUUGAGGUGAUUGAACGCGUCGACAAAGCCACGGGACUCAACCGGGUCGUAAUGCGGGAUAACGUGGCCGGUCUCAGAGUCCUCAAAGUGCACUACAGAGACUCCUCAGCAGGCUGGUCUAAUGGCUGCAGUAAUAACGUGGGGACGUGUGAGCAGUUGUGUCUGCCUCGUCCCGGUGGCCUGUUCAGCUGCGCCUGUGCGACUGGGUUCAAACUCAGUGCUGAUAACAGAACCUGUUCUCCAUACCAAUCCUACGUGGUGAUCUCUAUGCUCACUGCCAUCAAGGGCUUCAGUCUGGAGGGAGCGGAUCACUCUGAGUCUAUGGUGCCUGUGGCAGGCAGAGGCCGCAAUGCUCUUCAUGUAGACGUACACAUGCCUUCUGGAUUCAUUUACUGGUGUGACUUCAGCAGCACCGUGGCGUCUCAGAAUGGAAUCCGCACGAUCAAACCGGACGGAUCUGGAUUCCGCAGUAUUGUCACCUCUGGAAUCGGACGUAAUGGCAUACGGGGCAUUGCUGUCGACUGGGCCGCAGGAAACCUCUAUUUCACCAAUGCCUUCUUGACCGAGACGUACAUUGAAGUGAUUCGACUCAAUACCACGUUCCGUCGUGUCCUUCUAAAGACCCAAGUAGACAUGCCUCGUCAUAUUGCGGUGGACCCCAUGAACAGAUACCUCUUCUGGGCCGACUACGGACAGACCCCCAAAAUCGAGCGAGCUUUUCUAGACGGUUCCAACCGGACCGUGCUGGUUUCCUCAGGCAUCGUCACCCCCAGAGGCCUGGCUUUGGACCACCGAGAUGGAUACAUUUACUGGGUGGAUGAUUCCCUGGACAUGAUCGCACGAGUCCGGCCCGACGGGGGUGAGACGGAGGUCGUACGGUACGGGAGUCGCUAUCCGACUCCAUACGGCGUAACCGUGUUUGAGGGGAAUGUAAUCUGGGUGGACAGAAACCUGAAGAAAGUCUUCCAAGCGAGCAAACAGCCAGGUGCGACCGACCAGCCGCUCGUGAUCCGAGACAACAUCAACAUGCUGCGGGACGUUACCAUCUUCGACCGGAGAAUGCAGCCAAGUUCGGCCCACGAGCUCAAUAACAACCCCUGCUUGGAGUCUAACGGCGGCUGUGCUCACUUCUGCUUCGCCAUCCGAGGAUUUCAGACGAGGAAGUGUUCGUGUGCCUAUGGGAAUCUAGCUGUGGAUAGCAGCAGUUGUGUGGUAUCCCGGGAUGACUACCUUAUCUAUACGACAGAGAGCACUGUACGAUCUCUGCGGCUGGAUCCAGAGGAUCAUUCGCUGCCCUUUCCCGUGGUUAACCUGCCCCGGACUUCGGUAGCCCUUGAUUUCGACCGGUUGGAUGGCAGGAUCUAUUUCACGCAGAGCUCGGGAGCGGGCCAGAGCAAGAUUAGCUUCAUUACUUUGGCUUCGCCUACCUCUUCUGUGACAGAGGUGGCCUCAGAUCUGGGAGCUCCUGAUGGCAUUGCCUACGACUGGAUCAAUAAGAGGAUCUAUUACAGUGACUACAUUAACCAGAGCAUCAGCUCCAUGGCAGUGGAUGGGUCUCAGAGGACUGUUGUAGCACAGGUGCCCAGACCCAGAGCCAUCAUGCUGGAUCCAUGUAGAGGGUAUAUGUACUGGACCGACUGGGGAACCAAUGCAAAGAUAGAGCGUGCAACUCUGGGAGGAAACUUCAGGACCGAGAUCGUCAACACUAGUCUGGUUUGGCCAAAUGGUCUGACACUGGACUAUGACGAUCAAAGGCUGUACUGGGCAGAUGCCAUCCCACAAGCAGCAGCAUUCAUUUCACUCUCAGCAUUUCACACCUGCGAGCCCACUGUGUUCACAUGUGGAAAUGGCCGUUGUGUGCCAUACCACUACCGCUGCGAUCACUAUAAUGACUGCGGGGAUAACAGUGACGAGACCGGCUGCAUAUUCCGCCCCUGCGACCCCAACACUGAGUUCACCUGCAAUAACGCUCGCUGCAUUGCACGGGAAUACGUCUGCAACGGAAUAAACAAUUGCUACGACAAUGGGACCUCGGAUGAGCAGAACUGCGCUGAGAGGACAUGUCAGCCAGAGCACACCAAAUGCCAGACCACCAACAUCUGCAUCCCGCGCUCGUACCUGUGUGAUGGAGAUAAUGAUUGUGGUGACAACAGUGACGAGAGCCCAACGCAUUGUGCCACAUCUACUUGUUCCCAGAACGAGUUUCGCUGCUCGAGCGGACGCUGUAUUCCCGGACACUGGUACUGUGAUGGCGGUACAGACUGCAACGAUGGUUCUGAUGAGCCCGUUACCUGUACCACCACGGUGAGGACCUGCAACUCCGACCAGUUCCGCUGCGAUGAUGGAAGGUGCAUCGCCUCGUCCUGGAUCUGCGAUGGAGACAACGACUGCGGGGACAUGAGCGACGAGGACGAGAGACACAACUGUGCAAACCGUACCUGUUCUCCUCAGGAGUUCACCUGUAUAAAUAACAGGCCUCCUCAGAGGAAGUGUAUCCCAUGGGACUGGGUGUGUGACGGAGAUGCAGAUUGUUCGGACGCAUACGAUGAGCACCAGAACUGCACUCGCAGAUCCUGCUCUGCCAACGAAUUCACCUGCAACAACGGCCUCUGCAUCCGCAACUCCUACAGGUGUGACCGUCGUAAUGAUUGUGCAGACAGCAGUGAUGAGCAAGGCUGCACCUAUCAGCCGUGCCAACAGCAUCAGUUCACCUGUCAGAACGGCCGCUGCGUCUCGCAGGAUUUCGUCUGUGACGGGGACAACGACUGCGGGGAUGAAUCUGACGAGCUGGAUCACCUGUGCAGGACCCCAGCACCCACCUGCCCUCCCGGAAACUUCCGGUGUGACAACGGAAACUGCAUACCACUCAGCGAGGUGUGUGACCGGAACGAUGACUGCAACGACAACAGUGAUGAGAAAGGCUGUGGCAUCAAUGAGUGCACAGACCCAUCCAUGCACCACUGCGACCACAACUGCACCGACACUCCCACCAGCUUCAUCUGCACCUGUCGCCACGGUUACCACCUCAUGUCCGACAACAAAACGUGCGACGAUGUGGACGAGUGCUCGGUCACGCCCAGCGUGUGCAGCCAGGUGUGCGAGAACACCAUGGGCUCGUAUGUGUGCAAGUGUGCUCCAGGCUUCCUCCGCGAACCCGACGGACGCAGCUGCAGGCAGAACAGCAACAUCAGCCCCUACCUGAUCUUCAGCAACCGCUACUAUCUGCGCAAUUUGUCGUCGGACGGCGAGGCCUACUCGCUCAUUCUGCAGGGCCUCACCAGCGUGGUGGCGCUGGACUUCGAUCGGGUGGACAGACGCUUGUACUGGAUCGACGUGAGCCGGAGGGUGUUGGAGCGGAUGUUCUUUAACGGGACGGGACGAGAGGUGGUGGUCAAUGGGAUUUCGCAUGGCGAGGGCCUGGCGGUGGACUGGGUUGGGAGGAAGCUGUACUGGGUCGACAGCUUUCUCGACUGCAUGAAGGUGUCGGAGCUGGACGGCCGGUUUGUGAGGAAGUUAGCAGAACACUGUGUGGAUGCUAAUAACACAUACUGCUUCGAGAAUCCCAGAGCCAUCGUUCUGCAUCCAAAGUUUGGAUAUGUCUACUGGACUGACUGGGGAGACAAAGCCUUCAUUGGACGUGUCGGGAUGGAUGGGAAUAACAAGUCGGCCAUCAUCAUUACUAAGAUCGAGUGGCCCAACGGUCUCACUAUUGACUACACCAAUGACAAGCUGUACUGGUCUGAUGCUCACCUCAACUACAUCGAAUUCUCUGACCUGGACGGGAAUCACAGGCACACUGUGUACGACGGCGUCCUGCCGCAUCCUUUCGCCAUCACGGUGUUCGAGGAAAGCGUGUACUGGACGGACUGGAACACGCGCACGGUGGAGAAGGGCAACAAAUACAACGGCUCUGGACGGGAAGCGCUCGUCAACACCACCCACCGACCGUUCGACAUCCACGUGUGCCAUCCCUACCGCCAGCCCAUAGUGACGAAUCCCUGCGCGGUCAAUAACGGAGGCUGUUCUCACCUGUGUCUUCUGCGAGCCGGAGGUCAGGGUUUCACCUGCGAGUGUCCUGAUCACUUCCUUACCGUGCAGAUAGGGGGCGUCGCACGCUGCCUGCCCAUGUGCUCCAGCACACAGUACAGAUGUGCAGACAAUGAACGCUGUAUCCCUAUCUGGUGGAAGUGUGACGGUCAGCGGGACUGCAGAGACGGGUCGGAUGAACCCUCCACGUGUCCCGUCCGGCACUGCAGACUGGGCCAGUUCCAGUGUAAUGACGGAAACUGCUCCAGCCCACACUUCCUGUGUAACUCUAAUCAGGACUGUCCCGAUGGGUCUGACGAGGACACUGUGCUGUGUGCCACGCAUCAGUGUGAGUCUCAUCAGUGGCAGUGUGCCAAUAAGCGCUGCAUCUCUGAGGCCUGGCAGUGCGACGGGGAGAACGACUGCGGCGACGGAUCCGACGAGGAUCCCGCUCACUGCUCCAGCAGGACCUGCAGACCCGGACAGUUCAAGUGCAGGAACGGCCGCUGCAUCCCGCAGAGCUGGAAGUGUGACGUGGACGAUGACUGUGGCGACAACUCCGACGAGCCCAUCGACGAAUGCAUGGGUCCGGCGUACAGAUGUGACAAUCACACAGAGUUUGACUGCAGGACAAACUACCGCUGUGUUCCUCUCUGGGCCGUGUGCAAUGGACACAACGACUGCAGGGACAACAGCGAUGAACAAAACUGUGAGGAGUUGACCUGUGAGCCGGCGGGUGAUUUCCGCUGUGAUAACCACCAGUGCAUCCCCCUGCGCUGGCGCUGCGAUGGAGACAAUGACUGCGGCGACGGAUCUGACGAACACAACUGCACCCCACGUCCGUGCACAGAGAGCGAGUACCGCUGUGACAACCUCCACUGCAUUCCUGACCACUGGGUUUGUGACCAUGACAACGACUGCGAGGACAAUUCGGAUGAAAGAGACUGUGAGCUGCGGACCUGUCACCCGGGUUACUUCCAGUGCGGUAGCGGCCACUGCAUCUCUGAGCGCUUUAAAUGCGACGGCAACGCUGACUGUCUCGACUUCACUGAUGAAAGCUCCUGUCCCACACGCUACCCGAACAGCACCUACUGUCCACCCUUCCUGUUUGAGUGCAAGAACCACGUGUGUGUGCAGCAGCACUGGAUAUGUGACGGAGAUAAUGACUGCGGGGAUAAUUCAGAUGAGGAACUGCAUCUCUGCUUGGACAUCUCAUGUGAUCCUCCGUUCCGUUUCCGCUGUGAUAACACCCGCUGCAUCUACAGUCACGAGCUCUGCAACUCUAUAGAUGACUGCGGUGAUGGAACCGACGAGAGACCGGAGCAUUGUGUGACUCCCACACAUGGGCCCUGCUCUGCAGACGAGUAUAAAUGUGGGAACGAUCAGUGCAUUCCUCUGCAGUACGCCUGCGACGACUACGACGACUGUGAAGACCAGACCGAUGAACUCGGCUGCUACUACGGCCAUGGACGCACAUGCAGUGAGAAUCUGUGUGAGCAUAACUGCACAGAUUUGUCGACCGGAGGCUUCAUUUGUUCCUGUAGACCUGGAUAUAAACCCAACCCGGAGGACAGGAACAACUGCAAUGGUUUGAACGAGUGUGAGAUUUAUGGGACGUGCCCACAGCUGUGCAGGAACACUAAGGGCAGUUAUGAGUGUUUCUGCGCUGAUGGGUUUCGAUCAGUGGGAGAGCAGCCGGGAGUCGAAUGCGCUGCUGAGGGAAAUCCUCCCGUCUUGUUAUUGCCUGAUAACGUGCGGAUCCGUCGAUUUAAUCUCUCGUCAGCGCAGUACUCUGAUUAUGUGGAUAAUGCAGAGCACAUUCAGGCACUGGACUACCUGUGGGAUCCAGAAGGCCUCGGCCUAAGUAUAGUGUUCUGGACAGUGUUGGGACGAGGCUCUGAGUUCGGUGCGAUUAAGAGGGCCUACAUGACCACGUUUGAUGACCAUGGAAAUAAUCCUGUGAAAGAGGUGGACCUGAACCUCAGAUACAUCUCCAGUCCUGAUGGCAUAGCUGUGGACUGGAUCGGAGGCCAUAUUUACUGGACAGAUGCUGGGACUAAUAGAAUCGAAGUGUCGAAACUGGAUGGACGUUACAGAAAGUGGCUGAUUCACAGUGAUCUUGAUCAGCCAGCCGCUAUUGUGGUCAAUCCUGGUCUAGGACUGCUGAACCCCUGUCAGGGUGUCUGCAGUCACCUGUGUUUGCUGCGGCCAGGUGGAUACACCUGUGCCUGUCCGCAGGGCUCCACACUGCUCUCAUUCAACAAGAAUGAAUGUGAUGCCGCCAUCGAGGCAGAGGUGUCCAUGCCACUUGCAUGCAGAUGCAUGAAUGGAGGAACAUGCUACACUGAUGAGGGAGGCCUGCCGAAGUGCAAGUGUCCAUACGGUUACUCGGGUAGUUACUGUGAAAUGGGGAAGUCUAGAGGUGCUCCUGCAGGAACAGCUGUGACCGUCCUGUUAGCAGUGGUUAUUAGUCUGAUUACUGGAGCUCUGGUUGUGGGAGUUUUCCUCAACUACAAGCGCACCGGCUCUCUCAUCCCGUCAAUGCCUAAACUACCCAGUCUGAGCAGCCUGGUGAAGUCGGCAGACACAGGAAAUGGAGUGGCAUUUCAUUCAGGUGACAAUGUCACGAUGGACCUGGAGCCUCAGACUCUGGGAGUGUCGUUCAUCGACAGGGCCAUGCAGCUGGAUGAGCAAAUGCAUGGAGCUGCAGACGCCAGCUCUUCAUCACAGCCGUCUCCUUUCGGUCCUCCUCCCAAACCCCAGAAACGAGAGAAACUGAGCGCCUAUUCACCAACAGAGGACACCUUUACAGACACGGCCAACCUAGUUAAAGAGGACAGUGAAAUAUGA